GUUGCAUCAGCCGAACCCAUGCAGAAAUAAAUUCAAAAUUUUAAAUCUAAUUUUCUUGGUCAUUAAGAGUGAAUGUGAAAACAAAUCGGUUACUAUAUAUAACGAGAUCUAAGGUGACAAAGUUGUAUCAGUGUUCACCAAAGUCUCUUAUCAGUAAAACAGUGGUUUCAGAUUUCCAAAAUCAAGAUGAUUGCCCAGGUAACAGCAUUAGUAGCACUCUUAGCUUUUGCCCAUGCAGGUUUGCUUGAUGGAGGGUUAGGUUAUGGAGGUAUUUCGUCAAUUGGAGGUUCUGGAAUCGCUAUUGCUGGAAAAGAAACUGUAGUGGACCUGAUUUCCCCUCCGAAAUACGAAUACAAAUAUGCUGUCCAAGAUCCUCACACUGGAGAUUUGAAAGAGCAACAAGAAAGUAGAAUCGAUGACCUGACCAAGAGCGAAUAUGCCGUAGCCGAAAAGGACAGGAAAAUUGCCGUAUCCAGGGUCAUUACCAAGAGUAUCCCGUUGGUCAAGAAGGGUUAUUAAUUAAGAAUAUAAAAGACUGUCC